UUAAAAAGAUUUUGAUUUUUUAGGUUAAACCUUUUUUACUUCAAGCCCCCUAAGCCAUGGCUACUGUUGCUGAAAUGACUCUUCCCUCCGACGCUGUCCCCGCGAAGAAGGGGAAGUCUAGGAAGGUGCUGAAGCAGAAAAAACAGUCGUCGAACGAAGCCAAUAUACUGGCUGGAACUGUAGUUCAGUCGCCUUCCGUGGUGAUGCCUGUGGAUGAUUCUGCUAAAGAGAAUAUUGAUCCACAAUCCCAGAAGAAAUCGAACAAGAGGGGGGCGUCAAAGGCGGUGAAGCAGCAGAUGGAGCAGAGUUCUUUUGAGAAAGAGUUGCAAGAAAUGCAAGAAAAGCUUAAGAAGAUGGCACUUGAGAAGGAGCAGACUGAGGAAAUGUUGAAGGCUAGAGAGGAAAUGCUGAAGCAGAAGGAGGAAGAGCUCGAAGCGCGAGGUAAAGAGCAUGAGAAGCUUCAGACUGAACUCAAAAAGCUGCAGAAAAUGAAAGAGUUCAAACCAACCUUGAACUUCCCUAUUGUGCAAUCGCUGAGAGACAAAGAGGAAAAGAAAGAGAAGAAAAAGGUGGAUCCUUCAAAGAAAAGGCCGGUUCCGCCAUAUCUAUUGUGGUGCAAAGACCAAUGGAAUGAGGUGAAAAAAGCUAAUCCAAAUGCUGAGUUCAAGGAGAUGGCCAAUUUAUUGGGUGCUAAGUGGAAAACAAUAAGUGCAGAAGAGAAAAAGCUUUAUGAGGAAAAAUACCAAGCUGAGAAAGAAGUAUACUUGAAAAUCGUUGGAAUGGAGAAGCGCGAACAUGAAGCGAUGAGACUCUUGGAUGACGAGCAGAAACAAAAGACAGCUAUGGAGUUACUUGAACAAUACAUUCAGUUUCAGCAAGAAGCAAUAGUGAAUGAAAACAAGAAGAAAAAGAAAGAAAAGGACCCCUUGAAACCAAAACAACCUUUAUCAGCAUUUUUCCUGUUUACAAACGAGCGUCAAGCUGCUCUACUUACUGAGAACAACAACAAUGUGAAGGAGGUGGCGAAGAUUACUGGUGAAGAGUGGAAGAACAUGACAGAGCAACAAAAAGCACCCUAUGAGGAGAUGGCAAUGAAGAAAAAGGAGAAAUAUUUGCAAGAAAUGGAAGUUUAUAAGAAGAAAAAAGACGAAGAAGCUGCUGAACACAUGAAGGAAGAGGAGGAAUCGAUGAAACUCAAGAAGCAAGAAGCACUUCAAUUGCUCAAAAAGAAAGAAAAGACAGAAAAUUUAAUCAAGAAAACGAAAGAAAAUCGCCAAAAGAAGAAACAAAAGGAUGACAAUGUGGAUCCUAACAAACCAAAGAAGCCUGCUUCGUCAUUCUUUCGUUUCAGUAGAGAAGAAAGAAAGAAACUAGUCGAAGAGCGUCCUGGAAUUAACAAUUCUACCAUUAAUGCUCUCAUUUCACUGAAAUGGAAGGAAUUGAGUGAAGAAGAAAAACAAGUCUGGAAUAACAAAGCAGCUGAAGCGAUGGAAGGGUACAAAAAGGAAAUGGAAGAAUACAACAAAACUGCAGCUGAAAAGCAGAACAAAAACAAUUAGAAAAUAGGUGCUGCUUAGAACAAGUUCAACUGGUUAUGUUGAACAUAGAAAAUGCCUGCUAGUUAGAGUUGAAAACUUGAAAUAGUCAUUUGGACACAUUUCAAUUUUUCUUCAUUUCAUUUGACUUCUUAUGGAUGACUUUGGAUUUAGU